CGCCAAUUGCACAAACGUCAAGCACGCAGUUUCGUUCUCGUUUUUUGCAAAGUCCCAAGAAGUUGUGCUGAACAUUUCGGGAAGGAUUUUUCCGAGCGUUUUUCCACGAUAAAAAUGUCGUACCUCGCACGCAAAGGACCCGCCGUCUACUCUGCCCUCGGCAAAUGGGCCUACAAUAUGGCCGGAUUCAACCAGUACGGUCUGCACCGCGACGACUGUCUGUAUGAGAACGAGGACGUGAAGGAGGCGAUCCGCCGCCUGCCGGAGAAGCUGAAGGAUGAGCGCAAUUUCCGCAUCACGCGCGCCCUCCACCUGUCGAUGACGAAAACGAUCCUGCCGAAGGAACAGUGGACCAAGUACGAGGAGGACACCAAAUACCUCGAGCCGUACCUGCAGGAGGUGGUCCGGGAGCGCGAUGAGAAGGUCAAGUGGGAAUCGAACAAGUAAACCUUUUUUUCGUGCGAGAUGCGUUUCGAAACGAAGAUAUGCGCACUGUGCCGUGGUGGUGGCGAUAACUCGCCGCGCGUUAUGAACAUCUACCGCUAAAAGGGGGUGCGGGACGUUGGAAGGUGGCCUUCCCGCCGGUACCCCGUCACGGCAUUUGUGUGGGAAUUAUUGUGAAGCAUUAGGAAUAAAUCAUGUAUCGUUGAACCACA